UUUUUCCUUCCAUACAAUAACUCGUCGUUGUGAUUGUCUCCACUUCUUGGGCUAUAGCCGCCGGAGAAAGGAAAAGAAAUUCCGAAGCUAUGUCGACUGCAUUGGGCACCAGAGUUCACUCUCUUCGAAACUCUUCGUUACUCCGAUUCCCCCUCAGUUUCAUCAGAACCCUAUCAUCUUCUACUCCUUCUCCAUCUACUGAUGCCGCCGCUACUACUAAGAAAUCAAAGCGAAGAAAGAAGAAAAACUUUUUCGAGGUGGCUCAGUUCUUACCUAGCUGGGGAAUCGGAUACCACAUGGCCAAGACUCACUGGAAAGAAGUUUCGUACGAGAUCACUAAACUCAAUCUCUACAAGGAUGGGAAACAUGGCAAAGCUUGGGGCAUUGCUCAUAAAAAUGGUUUGCCUUUAGUAGAUGCUCCAAAAAAAAUUAGUGGAGUUCACAAGCGUUGCUGGAGGUACCUCCCAAAUGUAGUAAAAGCAUCAGAAACUUCACCAACCUUGACAAGUUCCACAGACAGUGACUUAAAAGUUGAAGCACAAGCAAGUUAAUGCUUUGUAGUGACUUUGGGUUGGGAUUUAUGUUUUCGACAUUAUGCCUUGUGUUUUAGAUUAGAUUUUCAUCUGGCAUAGUUGUUUUUUUUACUAUGUUAACAUUUUGAGUCGAUCGGCAAAUACACCUUGCGCGUUCAAGGAAGGUUUAUGUGCUUCUAUCUUUAAAUUUCUGAUUGAAUAACCUCUUGACCAUGAUACUUGCUUUGGGAGAGUGAGCUAAGUGCAUUUAAUUCUUUCUUGAUAUGUAUGUCAUUGGCCUACUAUAUUAUAUCUAUCUAUUAUCUAUUACUAUUAUUAUGUUAAGUAAAAUGCUACUUACUUAUAAGCCGCCAUUUCCUACAAAACUCGGGAACUACAUGAGAAAAACGUCCCUCUCUAUUGUCUGCCAUCUCCAAAAAAUAUAAAUUAGCUGAUGAGAUAGUAAAGCACUGGACUCAUUCAUCGACCAACUCAUAGAUAAUGGCACUCUCCGUUCCCCACCAUCCCCAUUGAUCAUCUAUAUUCUUCC